GCUGUCAUUAACCUGUUGGAUCAUCACGGCCCGGAAAAGGUGGUUGGUGACGCCUACCUCAGACACGUCGAGACCCUCUGUGACUCCCGCCUCAUCUACAUAUCGUUUGAUUUCCACUGCCAGUGCCAACAUCGGAAAUUCGAAAAUGUGGAGAUCUUGACUGAAGGAAUUAGUGACAUCAUCGAUGACCUGAGAUGGUUCUGGGUGUCAAAGGACAAGCUGGUGAUGAAACAGGAAGGAGUGACUCGUGUCAACUGCUUGGACAGCCUGGAUCGGACCAACCUGGUGCAAGCUGCCAUCGCCCGGAAAGUUCUGGAACAACAAGUAAAACAUCUCUCUCUGCCUCCCUCACCACUUUCUUGGCCCCUUGCCCUCUUCUGUCCCCUCGACCCUCGCCCUCUCAAAUCCCCUUGA